GCCCGGCAGCCCGCCCGCCCGCUGCGGCUCGUCCGGGCCCCGCUCCCCGACCCCAGGCUCCCAGCCUCCGCGGGCCGGGGCCGCGCCGCGGGACCGGGAGGCGGGCCAUGGCGUCCUGCGUGGGGAGCCGGACCCUGAGUAAAGAUGAUGUGAACUACAAGAUGCAUUUCCGGAUGAUCAACGAGCAGCAAGUGGAGGACAUCACCAUCGACUUCUUCUACCGGCCGCACACCAUCACUCUCCUCAGCUUCACCAUCGUCAGCCUCAUGUACUUCGCCUUCACCAGGGAUGACUCUGUCCCAGAAGACAACAUCUGGAGGGGCAUCCUCUCUGUAAUUUUCUUCUUUCUUAUCAUCAGUGUAUUAGCUUUCCCCAAUGGUCCCUUUACCCGGCCUCAUCCGGCCUUGUGGCGAAUGGUCUUCGGGCUCAGCGUGCUCUACUUCCUGUUCCUGGUGUUUCUCCUCUUCCUGAACUUCGAGCAGGUUAAAUCCCUGAUGUACUGGCUAGACCCGAACCUUCGCUAUGCCACGAGGGAAGCAGACGUCAUGGAGUAUGCUGUGAACUGCCAUGUCAUCACCUGGGAGAGGAUUAUCAGCCACUUUGAUAUAUUUGCCUUUGGACAUUUUUGGGGCUGGGCCAUGAAGGCCCUGCUGAUCCGAAGUUAUGGUCUCUGCUGGACAAUCAGUAUCACCUGGGAGCUGACCGAGCUUUUCUUCAUGCAUCUUCUCCCCAAUUUUGCCGAGUGCUGGUGGGACCAAGUCAUCCUGGACAUCCUGCUGUGCAACGGGGGCGGCAUCUGGCUGGGCAUGGUCGUCUGCCGGUUUUUAGAGAUGCGGACUUACCACUGGGCAAGUUUCAAGGACAUCCACACCACCACCGGGAAGAUCAAAAGAGCCGUGUUACAGUUCACUCCUGCCAGCUGGACCUACGUGCGGUGGUUUGACCCCAAGUCUUCAUUCCAGAGAGUGGCUGGAAUAUACCUUUUCAUGAUCAUCUGGCAGCUGACUGAGUUGAAUACCUUCUUCCUGAAACAUAUCUUUGUGUUCCAAGCCAGUCAUCCAUUAAGCUGGUGUCGAAUUCUCUUUAUUGGUGGCAUCACGGCUCCCACAGUAAGACAGUACUACGCUUACCUCACCGACACGCAGUGCAAACGCGUGGGAACACAGUGCUGGGUGUUUGGGGUCAUUGGUUUCCUGGAAGCUAUUGUCUGCAUAAAAUUUGGACAAGAUCUCUUCUCUAAGACCCAAAUACUCUAUGUUGUGCUUUGGCUUCUUUGCGUGGCUUUCACCACCUUCCUGUGCCUGUACGGCAUGGUUUGGUAUGCAGAGCACUAUGGUCACCGAGAAAAGACCUACUCAGAGUGUGAAGAUGGCGCCUACACUCCGGACGUCUCCUGGCCUCACGGGAAAGGUUCAAAAGGUUCUGAAGACGGCCCCCCCAAGCAUCCAGGCAACAGCGAGAGCCAUUCUUCCAGGAGAAGGAAUCGACAUUCCAAGUCAAAAGUCACCAACGGAGUGGGAAAGAAAUGAAAAGACCCUGGUUCAUAAUAAUCCAAGAUGUGUCCAGGGAGUGCCUAGAACUGGGAGGGGACGGAAUCGGCUGGACUUGCCAGGAGGAGGGAGGUCGAAAGGCACAGCGUCAUCGGGAAGGAACGGGGGCUGGAGGGGGGGUGUCGUUAUUUGAGAGCGUGGGUCUUGUUUCCCACAGACCCGGCCCCGCGGGGCAGACGACUGCGGGAGGGGGUCGGGCCUUUGGGGGUCCCUGGUAACUUCAGCACUUGGCCACUGGUAGCAGGACGGUGCUCGCAGGAGGAGACGGUAGCUCUCUACUCAAUUGCCGGAGCAGCUUUAUGCUUCCUGUGUUGUGGGUGCGGUUUAAACAUCUUCACUGAGACAGGGCAUCCCACCGGGACAGUUGAUGGACAGGUCACCACCGUUUUCUUGCCCUUCCACUUGACUGACUGGUUUUAGGCCCACCCUACUUGUGUGUGUGUUAUUUCCUUACUGCUUGUUUUUUAAGUCGGGAUGCUUAUAUAAGCCUUCAGAAGCCACUGCUGAAGUUGAAUUGGAGGAGGGCUCCCCUUCUCUCCUAGAGGAAAAAAAGUGGGGAGCUUUGGUGUUACAUUUAGCAACCUCCUCCGCCUUUUAGGACCUGAAACCACAUGUGGCAGGUAGAAACAAACCUGCGGAAAGGUUAGCUCCCCACAUAGGAUCCUGGGCGUUAGACCAGAACGUUCCCGUUCCCUCUCCAGCGUCACUGGUCCAGACUUAGCCACAGCGCACUGGCGGGAACCUGCCUGGAGGCAGUGCUCGCGCGACCCCUCCCCCAGCCAGGUGCCUUUUCCAUUUUCUUUGUUUUCUUUCAUGGUGUGUUGCUGACAUUGUCUUUUAGUCCCAUGUGAGGUGCUGGUGAGUAUUCCCUUUCAUCCGUGCCAUGCUCUAGACCACUGACCCUGAUAGUUCACCACCCCUGAUGGAUCCCUGUUUUAAAUAAAAUGAUUCGCGUUAAAACCCAUCAAA